AUCAAUUUUCUAACCAGUGUCCUGCAGCACCCACCCGACCCACAACCCAACCCUACCGACCGCCCAUACUCAAAAUCUCCAAAAUUAUCUUCCAUUCCCCGUUUCUUCCUGAAACUUCAAAUAACUUCUCCUCUUUCACAAUUAACAGCCCGCCCAGCAUUACAACAUCGAAUCCUUUUUCUUUCCAUGGAAGAUCAAUCAUCACUGAACUUUAACGACCUAUCAGAUAUGAGGUACUUUCCAAUUUACUUGAAAAAAGAAGAAACAACUUGGAUUCCCCUUUUGUCAAUUCUGCGUAAUUGUAGUGCUUUCAGAAACAGCAUUUUGCUUCGCUUUAUCGUUCUAUGAUUGACUCGCCAGUCUUGGUUUUCCUUUUGGAUUUAAAUCAUGACAGUAAUGGGCCAUUUGCCCAUUCGGUUUAUGUACUUUCUAGCAGUGUGCUUAUUAGACAACUGGUCAAUUGUGAAGUGGAAAUUACAUAUCCCCUUUCACUUAUAAUUGAACCUUUUUUAUUUGUAAAUGUUUCGCUAGCAAGGGAUUAUGAUAAAUCCUAGUGAAUAUGCAUUCAAGCUUCAAUGAUUCGGUAGUUUCAGACUUGAAUUCACAAUAGUUGAUUCCGUUAGGAAUGCAGUAAGCUACUGGGGUGGAAUAUCUCUUUGUGAGCUUGGUCUUAUCGGUUUGUCAUUUGAAUUUUGAACAAAAAUAUCUUGAUUACCUGAUGUGCUUUGUUUUGUUUAUGCAGGCAAAGGGAUGAAAAAAGUGACCAUUUUGGCACAAAAUGAAAAGGUCGAAUUGGGUUAAAAAUUUCCUACCCUAGUUGAUUUAGGAGAGAAAAAUGAUCUCAUUAUUGCAAAUGAUGAAAUCUAGUCAACUUCUUCAACUUCCAAGAACAAAUCUAUGCCGUUUUCUCUCCGUUGCCUGCAAAUCUUCCAGCCUCUCUCCUUUUGCCUCUGAAAUAAAAACUGAAGUUGACAGAAUCACUAGAAUUAUCAAUGACCAUUCGUUUCCAGAUGAACCACUUGAACCGACCCUUCUCCGGCAUAUCCCACCUGUUUCUCUUUCCUCAUAUUUUGUGGAGAGUGUUCUUGGUCGUCUUUUUGCGGCACACUCAAAUGGAUUGAAAGCCUUAGAGUUCUUUAAGUACUCCAUCCACCAUUCUCAGCAUGCUCCAAGUGUGGGUGCUUUUGAAAAAACACUCCAUAUCCUCACACGUAUGCGCUAUUUUGAUAAAGCUUGGGAAUUGAUGAUGGAUAUGCAGUGUUCGCACCCUUCCCUGCUUAGCCUUAAAUCAAUGAGCAUCAUGUUAGCAAAAAUUGCUAAAUUUCAAUCCUAUGAAGACACCCUUGAAGCAUUCAAAAGGAUGGAGACUGAAGUUUUUGCUGGGAGGAAUUUUAGUACUGAUGAGUUCAAUGUUCUGCUUCGAGCUUUUUGCUCGCAGAGGGAGAUGAAAGAGGCCAGAUCAGUAUUCCUGAAGAUGUAUUCUCGAUUUCCAACUAAUACCAAGACCAUGAAUAUUCUGCUUUUGGGAUUCAAGGAAUCGGGCAAUGUUACUGCAAUGGAACUUUUUUACCAUGAGAUGAUUCGAAGAGGUUUCAAGCCUAACAGUAUGACAUAUAACAUCCGAAUCGAUGCUUACUGUAAGAAGGGAUGCUUGGGGGAUGGUCUGCGGCUUCUUGAAGAAAUGGAACGGGUCCACUGCUUGCCUACACUUGAAACAAUCACUACUUUGAUUCAUGGAGCUGGUGUUGCUCGAAAUAUUCCAAAGGCGAGGCAGUUGUUUGAUGAAAUUCCUAAAAGAAAUUUACAGCUUGAUGUUGGAGCUUAUAAUGCUAUGAUCAGUUCCCUUAUUAGGUCCAAAGAUAUACAUUCUGCCAUUGAAUUGAUGGAUGAGAUGGAGAGAAAGCAGAUUGAGUAUGAUGGUGUGACGUAUCAUACAAUGUUUUUAGGAAUGAUGAAGUUGAGUGGCAUUGAAGGAGUUAGUGAGCUUUACUGUAAAAUGCUAGAGAGAAAUUUCAUUCCUAGGACCCGGACAGUGGUGAUGCUAAUGAAAUUUUUUUGUGGAAACCAGCAUUUGCAUUUUGCUUUAAAUUUAUGGGAUUAUUUAUUACAGAAAGGGCAUUGUCCUCAUAGCCAUGCACUGGAUCUUUUGGCAACAGGUUUGUGUUCUCGGGGACGGUGGCAAGAAGCAUAUCAAUGCUGCAAACAAAUCUUGGAGAGAGGAAGGCAUAUGAGUGAAUCAGUUAAUCAUCUGAUGCAGAGAAUUCUAAAGCAGUAUGAUGAAAUGGAGAAGUUGAUGGAGCUCAACAGGAUGAAAAUGAAACUGCAAUCUGUUCUGCCACAAUCUGGCAAGGAACCAAUCUGCUCUACAUGCUGAGUUAUGGAAGUAACAAUAUUUCUUGCAAAAUAUAUAGAAGCUGGAUUCAUUUUAUCCAAGUUGAUUUUGGACCUUUUUGACAUUGAAUUUGAUGAUAAAAAAUUUCUUUAAAGAUGCUAUGUGAGUCCUAUUUGAUAAGGUUACUCCCAAGUCCUAUUAUGGUAAUUGGACAGGCAAGCGCCCAGACUCAGCAAUGCAGAAAGGUGUGCUGGGAGAGGCAAAAAGACAUCACUUCAGUGAGAAGAGCGCAAGCAGAUUCACAGGACCUCCCUAAUCACCAAGUUGAUUUUGACAUCAUGUUUGGUUGGUUAGGAGGGAGAAUGGUUGCAGUAUAGCUUGGCAAAUUCGGAGAAUGGAUGGCGGAUUAUUGUCACGAGAUGCACUAGAAUUGUUACUGAUGAUAAGCACUUCAUUGAGCCUUUUAUGAUUAGGGAGAUUCCUUUAGAGACAAUUGUCAGGAAUCUGUGUGUAUUCUGGGGUGAGGGGAAGUGGACCCUUAGCUUGGUUAAAAGACCAAUGAAUAAAUCAAACUGGAGGUUUGAGCCCAUGAUAUAUGACUUUAGAUCACUUGCAGGAAGGAUGCCAGGAUUGGGGUUUAGUGAAUGACAAUGUUAAACGCAGAGAAGGCUUAACAACCUGGCAAGGAUGAUAACUUUGAAUGACAAGUAUCGAGUUUAAAAUGGCUCUUUCUUUUACUUUUGCUUAUGCUUAUAAGUUUAUCUGCUGUUUAGUUUCUUGUUUUCAGAGUGUGACCCAGUGAAAAAGAGUUAUUGAAAUUUAAAAGAAGAAUUCCUAUCAUAUGUUACUAGUUUCAAAAUAAUUAUCAUUCCCUUAUCUAUUUUCCUUUCCUGCACACAUUUUCACCUCAUCUGCUUUAAUCAUGAUCAACACUGAGUUCCUUUGGCCAUUUGCCGUAUCUAAGGAUAAAUUUUGUUAUUGGAGGACAUAAAUGCAGUUCAGUUGAGUGGUGAAGUUCUUUUCACUCGAGUUCUCUUUGUUAUUUUCUGUUUUUGCCCGUCUGCAAAAUCACUGUAAUCCUGAGUUCCAUCCUCACCAUUUUGGUGUUUCCUCCUACAGAGGCAAAAUUUGUAGAAUUGAUGCUGUUUGUUUUUUUCCUUAUUUGCUGAUGUUUCUGUUGCUAAUUUCCUAUGAUUUUGGAAUAGGAAAGCUAACAAAAUUGUUAUAUUAGUUGAUGCUGGUUAUGGAGUCAAGGCUUUUGUCAUAAAAUGGCUGGUGCUGACAUUUCUAUCGAAAAUGUCAAAUGCUAUAAAAUUUUUUUAGGAUAUUAAUGUACCAUUGCAAGAGAUUUGGUUCCCAAGGAUUUGUCAUAGGAUUAGAUUUUGAGGAGUAUGCAACGAUGCGAAUCCUGCUGUUGGAAGGACUUUUGGAGGUAUUUGUUGAAUGGGUGGUAGUUUAUUUUAUUUGAAAGACGUUUUGGUGUAUAAGAAUUAAGAUAAAUUUGCUAUUGUGGAUGGAAAUUUGAUUAAGCUAUUAACUA